UUUCAAAUAUUUUAUAUUUAUUUGUUCACUAUUGAAAAAACUACAUUAAUAAAAAACCCUUUUAGGCCACCGUUUAGGAAUUCCAGACAGAAGAAAAACAGCCACCGCGCAGACAGCACUAAUGUUUCAUAAUAUGGAGAGUGUUACCAAUGUCAUGGAGUAUGAAAUCCUAGCAAAGGAGAGGUUACCCAAAAUGAUAUACGAUUAUUAUGCCUCUGGUGCAGAGGACCAGUGGACACUCCAAGAGAAUCGAAAUGCGUUCUCUAAGAUUUUGUUCAGGCCCCGUAUUCUUGUAGACGUUAGCAAUAUUGAUACAACCACAAGUGUCUUGGGAUAUAAGAUUUCAAUGCCCAUCAUGGUUGCUCCGACUGCAAUGCAGAAAAUGGCUCAUCCUGAAGGAGAAUGUGCAACAGCGCGAGCAACAUCUGCUGCUGGUACCAUCAUGACAUUAUCCUCAUGGGGUACUUCCAGUGUAGAAGAGGUUGCUUCAACAGGACCAGGCAUUCGCUUUUUCCAGCUCUAUGUGUAUAAAGACAGGAAUGUCGUUAUGCAACUCGUGAAAAGAGCAGAAAGGGCUGGUUUUAAGGCAAUUGCCCUUACUGUGGAUACGCCAAGACUUGGCCGUAGGGAAGCUGAUAUUAAGAACAGGUUUGUUUUGCCACCUAACCUGUCACUGAAGAACUUUGAAGGACUGGAUCUUGGAAAGAUAGAUAAGACUGAUGACUCUGGACUUGCUUCAUAUGUUGCCGGGCAAGUUGACCAGUCUCUUAGCUGGAAGGAUGUGAAAUGGCUUCAGACAAUAACACACUUGCCAAUCCUACUGAAGGGUGUAUUAACUGCAGAAGAUGCAAGACUAGCUGUAGAAUCUGGAGCAGCUGGAAUUAUUGUGUCGAACCAUGGGGCUCGACAACUUGAUUAUGCUCCUGCUACGGUUAUGGCCUUGGAAGAGGUCGUCAAAGCAGUUCAAGGAAGACUUCCUGUUUUCCUUGACGGUGGAAUUCGCCGUGGGACAGAUGUCUUUAAAGCACUAGCUCUGGGAGCAUCUGGUGUAUUUAUUGGAAGACCAGUUGUGUUUUCAUUGGCUGUCGAUGGGGAGGCAGGAGUUAGGAAAGUACUUCAGAUGCUUCAUGAUGAGUUUGAACUGACAAUGGCCUUAAGUGGUUGUCUCUCAAUCAAGGAAAUUAGUCGUAGCCAUAUCACAACUCCUUGGGAUCCCCUUCGCAUCACACCCCGGUUAUAAGCUGAUUUCUCAACUUCAUGCACAUGAUACAUACUUAUUCAACAAUAAAGGUGCCCCCUGUGAGAAUAAUGACCAUUAGUUCGUCGUCUUUUUAUCACAAUGGAGAAAAACAAGACGUUACACCGCUCUUCGUGAACGAAAAUAUAUUGCAUUUAGCAACUUGAAAUUGCACUAGAGCCAGAUAUGUGGUUCAGAUUUGACACAUUGUUCCAAGACAAAUGCAAUGUUGCCCCAACAUCUUCUAACAUUGAACUAUUAAGGCAAGGAACUUUUGAUGGAGAAACACAAAUAAAUGUGAGGGUGUUAGGCUAAAUUUAUAAGUUGAUUUAUAAAUAUUUGUGGCUUAUUUAUGUUUUUGGUUAAGCUCACAAGUCAAUCAUUCAAAAGUUGUAUGUUAUCAUUUACAACUUAUGAUUUUUCAGCUUGUUAGAAUUUUGUUCAUCUUUUAUUUGAACCAAAAAUAUUUGAAUUUA